GUGGAGUAAUCAAAGGUCUGAGAGAUUGUAGUCUGCUUGCAGAAACAAAUCAUAAUCAAUUACACUCCGCCGUCAGCCGUCGCAAUGCCGUCACAUCGGAAACCCACUAACUUCUACACCGCCAUCCUCUCCGGCAGCGUCAACAAAACCAGCCUCAGAAUCCCCAAUCGGUUUAUUAGAGGUCACCGGAAGCAGAUUCUCUUAAAUGACGUCAUCCUCAUUGUCUCCGAUGACAAGGUUUGGCAGUUGGGCUGGAUGAUCUCCGGCGACGGCAAACUCUGGGUCCAGAAAGGUUGGCCGGAAUUCGCUAAUCAUUACCGAAUUGGGUAUGGACAUUUAUUGCUCUUCAAACAUAUGGGCAAAUCGAUGUUCCACGUUACCAUAUUCGAUUCAAGCAACUGUGAAAUCAAUUACCCACCACCACCCUCAAAAUGCCCCAAAUUGCAAAAAGGGAUUGAUCAAUCCGUGACUCAAGAUGAUCAAAUCGGAGUUGACACUGAUUCAGGAUCGGAGACGGGGGAAGAACAGAGGUCUAGAAGCAGAUACUGAUCAAUGGAAUCAGCUAAAUCUUUCAAAUCAGAGUACCCUUUCUUCUUGAUCGUAAUCAGACCUUCAUAUACUCGAAAUUGGGGAUUGGUAAUCUCUCGAUUUGGGAUCUUGAUAUCUAUUUACUUUGAUCAUUUCAAUUAUUUGUGUUGUUUGUCACAGUGUGUGCCACUGUAUUUCUUCAGAAGAUAUUUGAUCUGUGAUAAGGAUCGUGUGAACUGUGUUCUUCAGAUGUCUAAUGGUGAUAACUUGCUGAAACUACUAUACGUAUGGUAAACUUUAUGGUGAUAACUUGCAGAAAUUUCGUGACGAUAAUCAUGUGGGUGUGGGGGAUGUUUGUGUGUUUCAGUUGAUCGAUGAGAUUGAAUGUGUGCUUAAAGUUACCAUAUUUAGGGCUUCAAGAAAUAUGAUUCAAGAAACAGGAUGUAGAUCUUAUUCUGUUGUGGAUACAUAAUCUGGUCUGUUCAUAGAAACAUAGGUGGUAAACUGCAUUUCGACCUAGGGUCGUCGCUUAGUAUGUUAAAUGCUAGAUUUUUAACAGGGCCCUUGAAAUAUCUACAUGUGUUUCAGGGUUUUUUUUUAUCUAUAUGUGUAAAAGUAUAGCUGGAAUUAUUUAUGUUCAAACCAUUAAUUGUUUGGUUUUAAAUUCAAAUCAUUAAUGGUUUAUGUUUAACUUCAACUGUUAAUCGUUUUAGAUUUACUCCAUUUUUGUUC